GGGCACCGUGGGACCCUGGGACUUGGAUAUUCUUUGAGGGUUUAGCAACCAGGCUUUGCUCCAGGAUGGAAUGUGCAGUAAGACAGAACGGCAUCGAGGGUAAAUAAGCAAAAGUGAGGGGUGCCGUCGGACACCCCUUCUGAUUCUGAAGCCGAGGAGGCUUGGCGUGUGCACGCCGGCACGUGUCCCGCGUCCUGUGUCGCAGGGAACCCCUCGCAGUCCACGUCCCUGCACUACAUGAGCCCCUACCAGCUGAACGCCUACGCGCUGGCGCUGACCGCGGUCGGGGAGAUCAUCCAGCACUACGACAGCGACAAGAUGUUCCCCGCCCUCGGCUUCGGGGCCAAGCUGCCCCCCGACGGCAGGGUGUCCCACGAGUUCCCGCUGAACGGCAACCAGGACAACCCCUCGUGCUGCGGCAUCGACGGCAUCCUGGAGGCCUACCACCAGAGCCUGCGCACCGUGCAGCUCUACGGCCCCACCAACUUCGCCCCCGUCGUCACCCACGUGGCCAGGAAUGCGGCCGAGGUGCAGGACGGCUCCCAGUACUCCGUGCUGCUCAUCAUCACCGACGGGGUCAUCUCGGACAUGGCGCAGACCAAGGAGGCGAUCGUCAACGCUGCCAAACUGCCCAUGUCCAUCAUCAUCAUCGGUGUGGGCCAGGCGGAGUUCGAUGCCAUGGUGGAGCUGGACGGCGACGAGGUGCGGAUCUCCUCCCGGGGGAAGCUGGCUGAGCGGGACAUUGUCCAGUUCGUGCCCUUCAGGGACUACGUGGACCGCACGGGCAACCACGUGCUGAGCAUGGCGCGCCUGGCCCGGGACGUGCUGGCCGAGAUCCCCGACCAGCUGGUGUCCUACAUGAAGGCCAAGGGCAUCCGCCCGCGCCCCGUCAUGCAUGCCGGUCCCUCCUGCCGCAUGGGGCUCCGCAGCCCGCUGAACGUCCUGUGCCUGGGCGUGACCAGGCCCCACCCUGUCUGUGCCCGGCACCGCUCCCUUCCUGUCAUGCAUGAUGGUGGAGUUUCUACACUGUCUGGUCCUGUGCCUGUGUCUGAGAGUCUCUGUGUGGAAUUUGCCUUAAACUGA